CCUCACUUCACACCGCCCAAUUAGACCUGUGCAUAAGCCUAGAAGACACUCCGGGCUCCUACUCGCUCAACCAUAUCCCGAGCUAUACCACGGAAAGGUCAAGCACACUCCCUACCAUAAUCUAAGAACCUCCGAGCCAACUCAACCUCCUGAACCACACUCCGAAACAAACUAAAACAUCCGCCAUGGCUCAACUCAACUAUCGCACAAUCAACAUCGACGUGCUGGACCCUGAGUCCUCCGUCAACUUUCCUAUGGAAACCCUCCUCCCUCCUACCCUCCCAGCCCCGACCACGUCCAGCGAAGCCGCAAACGUCGCUUCUCAAGUGCGCCAGCUACUCCGCAGCGGGGACGCCGAGGGAGCUCUGCGCGCUGUCCUCGAUACGGCUCCGCUAGGUGGGGAUGACCGCGCAAAGGAGGUACAUUUAGCUACCGUUAUUGAGGUGUUGCAGGGAAUUCGACAGGGCGAGAUGAUGAGGGUGCUGGAGGGGGUUUGUAAUGGACAGGGUGGUUCCGAGCGGGCAGACUGCUUGAUGAAGUAUUUGUACAAGGGAAUGGCGGCCCCCGGGCCUAGCAGCGGAGCGCAAUCGCCUCGCAAAUCGGUCUCCCCGCAGAGCACCGGAUUCUCGCAGAUUCAGGCCAGGAAUCUUGGCGAAGGUGGCGGUGGUCAGCAGAUGAGUGUCCUGUUGAGCUGGCAUGAAAAGUUGGUGGAGGUCGCGGGCACUGGGUCAAUCGUCCGUGUGAUGACGGACCGGAGGACGGUCUAAUCCGAUCGGAUUGGGCUCUAGUUCUGAGAUAGAGAUGAGGGGAUAGAUAAACGGGUGUAUGGGGAAUCGCUGAUAUUCAAAUGUUUUUCGUUCGUGCUAUGUUCAUA